AUGAUUCUUAACAGAAAGUUUUCGGCACUCUUGGUGCAACCCAAGCAGCUAUUUAUGAUUGCAGGACACUUGCCUCGACUAGGACAGUUAAUGCAUGACCGCACAUUUGUCAAACUCAUCAAGCAUAUGCAUGUAGAUGAGGCGCAUUUCAUUUACAGCGCUGGAAUGGAGCACUAUGGUCUACCUGCCUUUCGAGAUGCUUGCGGAAUUUCGCAUAAAACUUGGGAAAGGCAUUCCUGUUCAAGCUCUUUCCGGAAUGCAACCACCUCAUAUCAAAAAGGCAAUAAUCAAACACCUUCUCUUUGA